AUGGAGAUCAGCUAUCUGGACAAGCAAGAGGGAUAUGAAAAUAGUGCCCCCAAAGAACUGGGAGGCAAGGUCGUGGUCAGGAGAGGGGCGAGACGUCCAUCAGGAGCACUCCAUCGACCACUUCGUGCAACUCGGUCGAGCUUGCUCUCCUCUUCUCCACUCUUCAUCCUUGAAAUGGGUGUGGCUUCCUUGGCCUUGGUGGAGCUGGGUUCGCUCGAAGCGGUUGUAAGGGGUGAUGUGGAGUCAGGUUUUACCAAACUCCUAGACCUCUGCAAGUGCACAGAUCGCGGAAGUAUGGGUAUCGAACACAAGGACUGGCUAUUGAGUACACUUUGA